ACACUUACUUGCACCAGUGCCCAGAGAGGGGGUGCAGGCUGAGGAGCUGCCCAGAGCACCGCUCACACUCCCAGAGUACCUGAAGUCGGCAUUUCAAUGACAGGUGACAAGGGUCCCCAAAGGCUAAGCGGGUCCAGCUAUGGUUCCAUCUCCGGCCCGACCAGCCCAGGGCCACAGCAAGCACCUCCCAGAGAGACCUACCUGAGUGAGAAGAUCCCCAUCCCAGACACAAAACCGGGCACCUUCAGCCUGCGGAAGCUAUGGGCCUUCACGGGGCCUGGCUUCCUCAUGAGCAUUGCUUUCCUGGACCCAGGAAACAUCGAGUCAGAUCUUCAGACUGGCGCCGUGGCGGGAUUCAAACUUCUCUGGGUGCUGCUCUGGGCCACGGUGUUGGGCUUGCUCUGCCAGCGACUGGCUGCACGUCUGGGCGUGGUGACAGGCAAGGACUUGGGCGAGGUCUGCCAUCUCUACUACCCUAAGGUGCCCCGCACCGUCCUCUGGCUGACCAUCGAGCUAGCCAUUGUGGGCUCCGACAUGCAGGAAGUCAUCGGCACGGCCAUUGCAUUCAAUCUGCUCUCAGCUGGACGAAUCCCACUCUGGGGUGGCGUCCUCAUCACCAUCGUGGACACCUUCUUCUUCCUCUUCCUCGAUAACUACGGGCUGCGGAAGCUGGAAGCUUUUUUUGGACUCCUUAUAACCAUUAUGGCCUUGACCUUUGGCUAUGAGUAUGUGGUGGCGCGUCCUGAGCAGGGAGCGCUUCUUCGGGGCCUGUUCCUGCCCUCGUGCCCGGGCUGCGGCCACCCCGAGCUGCUGCAGGCGGUGGGCAUUGUUGGCGCCAUCAUCAUGCCCCACAACAUCUACCUGCACUCGGCCCUGGUCAAGUCUCGAGAGAUAGACCGGGCCCGCCGAGCGGACAUCAGAGAAGCCAACAUGUACUUCCUGAUUGAGGCCACCAUCGCCCUGUCCGUCUCCUUUAUCAUCAACCUCUUUGUCAUGGCUGUCUUUGGGCAGGCCUUCUACCAGAAAACCAACCAGGCUGCGUUCAACAUCUGUGCCAACAGCAGCCUCCACGACUACGCCAAGAUCUUCCCCAUGAACAACGCCACCGUGGCUGUGGACAUUUACCAGGGGGGCGUGAUCCUGGGCUGCCUGUUCGGCCCCGCGGCCCUCUACAUCUGGGCCAUAGGUCUCCUGGCGGCUGGGCAGAGCUCCACCAUGACGGGCACCUACGCGGGACAGUUCGUGAUGGAGGGCUUCCUGAGGCUGCGGUGGUCACGCUUCGCCCGUGUCCUCCUCACCCGCUCCUGCGCCAUCCUGCCCACCGUGCUCGUGGCUGUCUUCCGGGACCUGAGGGACUUGUCGGGCCUCAAUGAUCUGCUCAACGUGCUGCAGAGCCUGCUGCUCCCGUUCGCCGUGCUGCCCAUCCUCACGUUCACCAGCAUGCCCACCCUCAUGCAGGAGUUUGCCAAUGGCCUGCUGAGCAAGGUCGUCACCUCUUCCAUCAUGGUGCUAGUCUGCGCCAUCAACCUCUACUUCGUGGUCAGCUAUCUGCCCAGCCUGCCCCACCCUGCCUACUUCGGCCUUGCAGCCUUGCUGGUCGCAGCCUACCUGGGCCUCAGCACCUACCUGGUCUGGACCUGUUGCCUUGCCCACGGAGCCACCUUUCUGGCCCACAGCUCCCACCACCACUUCCUGUAUGGGCUCCUUGAAGAGGACCAGAAAGGGGAGACCUCUGGCUAGGCCCACACCAGGGCCUGGCUGGGAGUGGCAUGUAUGACGUGACUGGCCUGCUGGAUGUGGAGGGGGCGCGUGCAGGCAGCAGGAUGGAGUGGGACAGUUCCUGAGACCAGCCAACCUGGGGGCUUUAGGGACCUGCUGUUUCCUAGCACAGCCAUGUGAUUACCCUCUGGGUCUCAGUGUCCUCAUCUGUAAAAUGGAGACACCACCACCCUUGCCAUGGAGGUUAAGCACUUUAACACAGUGUCUGGCACUUGGGACAAAAACAAACAAACAAAAAGCAUUUCAAAAGGUAUUUAUUGAGCACCUGCAGGCGUGACCUGACAGCCCAAGGGUGGGUGGGGUGAGGGCUUGAGGACUUGGGCGGGACACAGGCUCCAAACUGGAGCUUGAAAUAGUGUCUGAUGAAUGUUAAAUUAUCUAUCUAUUUAUUUAUUUAUUUGAGACAGGGAAAGGGUCUCCCUCUGUUGCCCAGGCUGGAGUGCAGUGGCGCAAUCUUAACUCAUUGCAACCUCCAUCUUCUGGGUUCAAGCGAUUCUCUUUAUUCAGCCCCGGGAGUGGCGCGCGCCACCACGCCCAGCUAAUUUGUGUAUUUUCAGCAGAGACGGGGUUUGCCAUGCUGGCCAGGCUGGUCUCGAACUGCUGGAUUCAAGUGAUCCGCCCAUCUCCGCCUCCCAAAGUGCUGGGAAUUACAGGCGUGAGCCACCAAACCCGGCCUGAUUAAAGUUAAAUAAAUACUA